AUGUCAAACAAUAGCAAUAAUAAUACAAAUGCCAACUGGCAAUUUAUUCGAGCAGUUGAAGAAGCAUUUUUUCUACUUGAUCGAGAUCAUGAUCGUUUAGUUAAAGAAGAUGAUUUUUGUGCAAUUGCCAAAUCUGUUGGUAUAGAGUUAGAUUCUAAUGAAGCAUUAAAAUUAAUUCAAACAACUAUUCGUGAACAAACAGAUGAUCAACUAGAUGAAACAGGAUUAACAGUUGAUCAAUAUUCAACAUUAAUGCUUCGUUAUGUUGGUUCAUCAGAAUUAAAUGAUGAAUUACGUCAAACAUUUGAUGUAUUUGAUCGAGAUCAUGAUGGAUUAAUAACACGACAAGAUAUGGAUAAACUUCGAUCUGAAAAUUCACUUUUUAAUCAACUUGAUGAUGAACAAUAUGAACUUGUUAUUAAAGAACUAUUAAUUCAAGGAAAUAAUAAUAAGGGACUUGAUUUUAAUCAAUUUGUUCAUUUAAUGAUGCAUCAAUAG